AUGCCGGUAGAGGCAACCACAGCCCCAAAAGAGGCGGUGAACAGGAAGUGUCCAUAUUGCAGCGCUGAAAUACCAACUCCCAACCCGCCAGCAGUUACCCUUGGAGGCCCCCUGGGCGCCCACUGGAGGAGGGACAAGAAGGUGCCCCGGUUCAGCACCCCGACAUCCGGGACCCGCGCACGUCCACCCAACGCCCCGCAGCCCGAAGUUCGCGCCCGGCCGCCUCCCCGGGCACUACUUCGCGUGGCCCAGCCAGUCCCGCCUGGGUCGGGCGAGGACUCCACGCCCGGCACGUCUCGCUCCACUUGGAGCCGGGGAACGGCGUUGCAAAGGCUCCCGAAGGGCUUGGGGUACUUCCCCAACAGCAGAACGCCCCCACGGACGAGCCCUAGUCGCCCUCGGAGCUACCGCCCAGCCGGGGGGAGCCGACACCCAUGCCGCGGUUUCCGCCGCGCGACACUCCCUCGGGGCGAUCACUACCUCUCAGGAAAAACUCCUAACUCCUCGCGGGGCCACGCUCCCCUCAGUCCGACACCAGCGGGAGCCACAUGCGACCCGAGCCGCGCGCUGGGGACACCCCCGCGCCAGCGCCAAUUCUUCACGGGACAAAAAUGUCCCGGCGCGUCACGGGACAGCCGCCUCCGCGCCCCACGCCCGGCGCCGGCCGCACGCGCUGCCUCCGCGCCCCGGAGCCGCACCGCUCGGCCCGGGACUCACCGUCAGCUCGGCCGCCGCAGCGGGGAAGCGAGGGGUGGGCCGGGAAAGACACAAUAUGGCAGAGCACCGCAGCUGCUCCCUGUGGCUUCCAGCAGCCGCCUCCGGGAAGACGCGGCAACAAGCAGGCAGCGGCAGCUGCGGUGGCGGCCGCGGCAGCACCACAUCCCCCUCCGGCUCGCUUCCUCCCCCUCCUCCCCCCGCCCCGCUGCCAUGGCAACGCGGCGCCUAGGAGAUUGGCCCCGCCCCCUCUUCCGUCCCCGCCUCCCGCGACCCCCACGGAGAGGGCUCGGCCCUCCCAUCCCCGUCCCCUCCCACCUCCUUCGGAAGGGACGACUCCGACAGCGCCCGGGGCCCAGAAUGGCAGAUAAAGAACUAAAGCUUAGAAAAAUAGCCCGUCAAAUACAUGGUCAGUGAUGCUGACUAUCCCUCCAGACCAGAAUCUAUAGUUGAGUAUUGGGCUGGGCAGGGGCUUCAAUACACUCUGCCAUGACUAAACGAUUUGACAGCUUCAGAGAGAACGUGAAGAAGACAACAGAGCCUGCCUUUUGGGGAAACAGAAUAUGAGCUCAAAGAAGACUCAAGAAAACAAUUCUUGCCCCAAACUGGAGAGAUUGCAUCCGAAGGGCAGGCUGUGAGUUUGAACAUUGUUUCAUAACUUAUUAGCUAUGUA